CUUUUGUUUAUAAUUUUCUUCUUGUGCAUCUAAAAUGAUCUACCAUUCACUUUUUUAAGGACUCGGGAACUCCUGGAACUUGGUCUUGACAAUGAGGAUUCAGAACACGAGAAUGAUGAUGACACAAAUCAAAGUGCUACGCUAAAUGAUAAGGAUGAUGAUUCACUCCCAGCUGAAACAGGCCAAAAUCAUCCAUUCUUCCGACGAUCAGAUUCAAUGACAUUUCUUGGCUGUAUCCCUCCCAAUCCAUUUGAAGUUCCUCUAGCAGAGGCCAUUCCCCUGGCAGACCAGCCACAUUUGUUACAGCCAAAUGCUAGAAAAGAAGAUCUGUUUGGUCGACCAAGUCAAGGUCUCUAUUCAUCCUCUGCUAAUAGUGGAAAAUGUUUAGUGGAAGUGACUGUGGAUAGAAACUGUCUUGAGGUUCUUCCGACCAAAAUGUCCUAUGCAGCCAAUUUAAAAAACGUCAUGAGCAUGCAGAAUCGGCAGAAGAAGGAGGAAGAACAAAAUGUGCCUUCAGAAGAAUCAGAAAGUUCAAAGCCAGGUCCAUCAGCUCAUGAUCUUGCAGCACAGUUGAAAAGCAGCUUAUUGGCAGAGAUUGGACUAACAGAGAGUGAAGGUCCACCUUUAACAUCCUUCAGGCCACAGUGUAGUUUUAUGGGAAUGGUUAUUUCUCAUGAUAUGCUGCUUGGACGUUGGCGACUUUCCCUGGAAUUAUUUGGCAGGGUAUUUAUGGAAGAUGUGGGAGCAGAACCUGGAUCGAUCUUGACUGAAUUAGGAGGUUUUGAAGUAAAAGAAUCUAAAUUCCGUCGAGAGAUGGAAAAACUGAGAAAUCAACAGUCUAGGGAUUUAACAUUAGAGGUUGAUCGGGAUAGAGAUCUUCUAAUUCAGCAAACAAUGAGACAGCUGAACAAUCAUUUUGGGCGGAGAUGUGCUACAACUCCAAUGGCUGUCCACAGGGUAAAGGUGACAUUUAAGGAUGAACCAGGAGAAGGCAGUGGUGUAGCACGAAGCUUUUAUACUGCUAUUGCACAAGCUUUCUUGUCAAAUGAGAAACUGCCAAAUCUAGACUGUGUUCAAAAUGCCAACAAGGGGACACAUACAAGUCUCAUGCAAAGACUACGGAACAGAGGAGAGAGAGAUCGGGAAAGGGAACGUGAAAGAGAAAUGAGGAGAAACAGUAGUGGUUUGCGAACUGGUUCUCGGAGAGACAGGGAUAGGGACUUUAGAAGGCAGCUCUCCAUUGACACGAGACCUUUUCGGCCUGCUUCAGAAGGGAAUCCUAGUGAUGACCCCGAUCCUCUUCCAGCACAUCGACAAGCCUUGGGUGAAAGACUUUACCCCCGUGUACAAGCAAUGCAACCUGCUUUUGCUAGCAAAAUCACAGGCAUGCUACUGGAAUUAUCCCCUGCUCAGCUGCUUCUGUUGUUAGCUAGUGAAGAUUCACUACGCGCACGAGUGGAUGAGGCCAUGGAACUCAUUAUUGCACAUGGAAGGGAAAAUGGAGCAGAUAGUAUCCUAGAUCUUGGUUUGUUGGAUUCUUCUGAUAAAGUACAAGAAAAUAGAAAACGGCAUGGUUCCAGUCGUAGUGUUGUGGACAUGGAAUUAGAUGAUACAGACGAUGGCGAUGAUAAUGCACCACUGUUUUAUCAACCUGGGAAGCGUGGAUUUUAUACACCAAGGCCUGGCAAAAAUACAGAAGCUAGGCUAAAUUGUUUCAGAAAUAUUGGCAGGUAAAAUGGUCCCUCGAUUUCUAUAGCAUUUUGUGAAGA